AUGCUCCUGCCAAAUCGGGAAACCAGCCCGCUGGCGCAAGGCUGCAAGCUCUACAUCAUCAACUUCUGCAACAUCACCCUAACCUACCAACACCCCGGGUGGAAUGACACCGUCAACAUAAACGUGUGGCUGCCUCUCUCAGGCUGGAACGGUCGCCUCUGGGCUCUCGGCGGCGGCGGAUACAGCGCAAGCUAUGGGUCCAUCUACCUCGCCCAAGCAGUCGGAAAGGGAUUCGCUGCCAUAGCCACGGACUCGGGACAUCAGGCUUUUGUGCUGCAUCAGAACUCUUUGGAGUGGGCGCUUCUCAGAUCGGGGAAUCUGAAUCUUCCGUUGAUUGAGGAUUUUGGGUAUAGGACUCUGGGCGAGCUUGCAGAUUUUGGAAAAGCUGUUACUACAGAGUACUAUGGUCGACAACCGGAUUUAUCCUAUUUCAAUGGGUGUUCUGGUGGAGGACGGCAGGCCAUGGCGAUAGCGCAGCGACAUCCGCAGGCUUUCGACGGGGUCUUGGCGGUGGCGCCGGCGAUGUCCUAUAACAUUCUCGUCCCAGCUGGAUACUGGGCCACGCAUACGAUGCACCAGCUCUGCUACUAUCCACCGCCAUGCGAGGUCGACGCUUUCACCAGCGAGGCGGUUAAGGCUUGCGAUUCUCUAGAUGGAUUAACAGACAGAAUCAUAUCGGCUCCGACACAUUGCCAUUUCAAAGCGGCAGAUGUCGUGCGCAAAGAGUUUUCUUGCAACGGCACAGCCGGACGUUUCUCAAGCGCUGGAGCGACAGUCGUCCAAGCGGCAUGGGAUGGGCCUCAGAAUGCUGGUCCUGGUGGUUAUAGCUGGCCUGGACUGAAUCCUGGCGCUGCACUGACGACGUUGUAUAUUCAGACCAAUUGCUCUGCGAACGGCACAUGCACAGCGACAACCAACACGCUCUUCUCCAACUGGUACAAAUACUUACUGGCCCAGGACCCUAAGUACAACUUGUCGGCAAUGACCAACGAGCAAUACUUCUCAUACAUCAGAUCGUCCACAUCAGACUUCAUGUCCACAAUAAGUGCAAGCAAUCCCGACCUCUCGGCCUUUGCACAGGCAGGCGGAAAACUCCUCAGUUGGCAAGGCACGGCCGACGAGAACACCCCCACUCGACAGACCAUCAACUACUACACAGAGGUGUUGAGACUGGAUCCACGAGUCGGGGAGUACUACCAAUUCUACGAAGCCCCAGGGGUUGGGCAUUGCUUUGGCGGCGCGGGACCCGUUCCUAAUGGUGCUUUUGAUCAGUUGAUGGCGUGGGUGGAGAAUGAGACUGUACCAGAGGUUCUUUAUGCGGGCAAUGGGAGCCACCCUCGACCGCUGUGUCCGUAUCCUCUGGCUCAGACUUUCGUGGGUAAUGACUCGACCGCUGUGUCCGUAUCCUCUGGCUCAGACUUUCGUGGGUAA